AUGGUUUCUCUUAAAUUUCCUCCUAAAAAUCGUCUGGAAGAAACCACCUUGUCCAUUGUACACUUAGUUAAGCUUUACGUGUGGGAGAGCCAUGCUUCGGCACGAAUGGGUCGGCUCGACCGGAGUGAUACCACGGAAAACCGGCGUGAAACAACCACAGCGUUGUGUUUCGCCGUUAGCGACCUGUCCGGCUUCGCAUGGAUGCAAUCAUCAUCAGCCUAUAAGUGUCCACUGCUGAGCAAAGGCCUCUUCUCACACGGAGAAGUUUAUAGAAAUUUAAACGCCACUUGCAAGCGGUUGGCAAAAAUACCUCCAAGUAGGGCUCCAGACCCGAACGUAUGGCGCGAAGCGUUCCGGGCACGCCUCAAAGAGCCCAGCAGUUCAGCCGGGGUUCCGGGGCAAGCUCAAAAGGUACCGAGACCUCGUUCUGAAGCUCGAUCGAAACUGCCAAAGAAACGGCGCAGAGUGUUGCCAGUCGAGCAGCCAAGAAGAAAACGCGAUGUCAGCGCCUCCAAUCGUCGUGUUAAUGCUGUAAAACACCCCGUAGUACUAAAGGAUUUGCCUCCGGGAGGCAAUAAGUUUGUGGAGAGUCCAGUAAUCAACACGCAGUCUGGAGCAAUCUCGCUAGCGUCUCUUCAACCGCCUCUAAUGACCGCCCCGCCCCUGCAACCAAGACCUGCAACCACCGGCUCCUUAGACCUCAUGCUGCCAUUACAACCUAAGUUGCUGCCAGGCUUCAACCUACAAUCUUCAUUCCUUUCAAACACCCUCUCCACAGUUCGACCACCAGACAUUGACAAGAAAGAUGACUUUUACAAACCAAGUAUUGAAGUUAUUGUAGAAAAAAGAGAAAUAGAAGACAGUGAUACUGUCGAAGAUUCAAAUAAACUAGACCAAAUAAAUAGUUACAGUGAAUGUAGCAAUCAUAAUGUAUCUGAUAUAGUUGAUAAUGAUAAUGUGAUGAAAGAUGAAAUAAAUUCUAAUUUAAUAGACACUAAUAGUACUGUGACUUCAAAUGAUAAUGAUGAUAGUCCAAAUAACAAUUCUUAUUAAAUGUUAAUUGUAAAUGUUUCUAGCUGUGAAACCCCAAUAGAUAACGAUGUCUCCCAUUAGAUUUUAUGAAAUCUGUAAAAUAAUGAAAUCUCUUUUCUUAGAUUUUUCUAGUCAAAAUAUUUGUGUCAAAUCAAGAAAUAUUUAGGAUAAGGUCACUUUAUGAAAUGAUAUCCUUUUUAUUUAUUUUCAAUUGGAAUGUAAGGUGCUAUGUGGAUGAAAAUUUUAAAAAGUUAGAAGAAGAUAAUCUCGUUAUUUAAAGUUCUUGAAACAAAUAUUACUUUAAGUCAGUUAGUUUUUUCUGAACCAAUCUGAGUUUUAUAAGCGUGAUUUUAAGUGCCAAGAUUACUUCAGCAAAUAUUUUGUAAUUUUAACACUCUAAAAAAUUAAAAAAUCCUUUGAAAUAUCGUUGUUGUUUUCAUCCAUAGAGCAUAAUUGUACUAUACAAUUGUAAACAAAACGUCAGUUUCGCUAUGAGCGAUAGUCUAAACGACCAAAAAUAGUGGUUUUAGCUCGAGUAUGAAAUAUUUUGUAUAUUUUGUAAAUGGAAGACAUGACAGUGAUUGAAUUCAUGUACAUAGACUUCAAAACUUCUUCCCUCUUUAAAAAUAUUUACAGAAAAAAAAACCGUUUAAAAUGUACCUAUUUUAUAUUUGUCAAUAUUUUUUUACUAUAAAAAUAACACAUUCGUAUAUUCAACAAUCUUAUGAGUAUCCCAUAUUGCAUCGUAAAUGAAUUCAUGUAAUUAUCUCCGUUUUUAAUCAACAUUUCUUAUUUAUUCUCAAUUCAUUAAUGUACUACAAAAUUCAAUUGGUGAUGCCUAUAAAAUGUCCUGCAGUGGACCGAAUCAGGUUGAUGAUGAUGACGAUGAUUACAAAGUGUAAUUAAUAUCCUACACCUCACAUAACAUAUGACAUAAAAUUCAAUUUAGUUUAUUCCUUUAUAUUGCAAAACUUUGACCUUUUUAAAAAUAGAAUAACAAAUUGAGAAAUAUUUUUUUUUAUUUUAUAACGUGUGAAUUCUAUUGUUCUAAAUUUAAACUUUACUUAAUUAUUAUUAUUAAGAAAAAAAUGCAAUUAAAUCUUUUUGUAAAGAAAAAAGCCAAAAGAUGCCAAAAACCUUUUAAAACUCAGGUGUGCCAAACACGAUGUUGUAGAUACUUAGUUGUAAAUUAGUGUGUAAUUAAUGAUGGCUGUUUGAAGUUAUACUAAGAUGUGAUUAGGAAUGUAAACUAAGCGAUAAUUAUGAUGUAUAUUCCUGAUUAGUUGUCAAUAAGGUUCAUUUUUAUUGUGAGCUGGUGUUAUAUGAAUAGAUUCAGUCUCAUCAUUACUUUUUUUCAAAAUGGUUAAGUAAUUUAAUAGCAACUAUUAAAAUUAGGAAAUUGUUAAAAUAUUACAAUUGUUUUUUUAAUAUAAUUUAUUUUAAUUAAAUUUGUGUUCUAGUUCCGAAGCAGAGCCUAAGUUAAUCUAAAUUAUUUUAGGAUAGUUCAAUAAAUUUAUUUUCAUUUUUAUGAUUAUAAUUAUGAAUUUUCGAAUUAAUUAAUAUUUAUUUUUGUAACAAUAUGUGCCAGCUCACAGUGACAAUCUUUUUGUAUAAAAUUCCCUUAACGUUGUUAGUAAUAUACCAAACAUUGUUUAGAACUAGAAUAUUUUUCUAAUGUUAUUGUUUUUUAAAAUCGAUUAUUUAUUUAUUUGUGAUCAGUUUUAUUUUGGCAUUAUAAUAACAUGAAAAAGAACCCUUAAUAUCGAUUUUAAAAUAUGAAAUUGUGAUAUGUAUUAAAAGAAAUAAUACUAAAAUCAAUUUAAUAAAUAUUUUACUUGUGUCAAUUAUUUUACUUUUGUGUAUUUCUGUAAUUUUAAAUAUUUAAAAUGCAAACGAAUUAAUACCAUAUUAUUUCAUCUUGUUUUUAU